GGGGGACGUCACGCAAGGAGGGAGCCAAUCACACAUUAGCCCUUUGGAUUUAUGCCAGGUGCGCUGAGGUUCGUAAAGACUUUAAGACAAGUGGCAAAAGCGAGUUUUUUCAACAAAAAAAAGGGAACGCGCUGAGAAAAUAUGCCCUAUACGCCAUCCGGCUUCUUCUGCGACCGGCUGAUCCGGGAACGAGAGAGGAGGGACGGGGAAGGCUCCCUGAACAAGCCGCUCCGCUUCAACAACCAGGACUUCAACACCCUGAGACAGGAGUAUGUUCAGAGGAAGGGCCUGUUCGAGGACGACUCCUUCCCAGCCUCUGUGGAGUCUUUGGGCUUCAAGGAGCUGGGGCACAAGUCCAACAAGGUCAAGAACAUUGUCUGGAAGAGGCCCAAGGAAAUCUGUGAGAACCCUCAGUUCAUCGUCGGAGGAGCCAGUCGGACGGACAUCUGCCAGGGAGAUCUGGGCGACUGCUGGCUGCUGGCUGCCAUCGCCUGCCUCACCCUGAACGAGAAGCUGCUCUACCGAGUUGUUCCCCAGGAGCAGAGCUUCUCAGAGGGAUAUGCCGGCAUCUUCCACUUCCAGUUCUGGCGCUACGGCGACUGGGUUGACGUCGUCAUCGACGACCGCAUCCCCACCUUCAACAACCAGCUGGUGUUCACCAAGUCCGCCGAGAGGAACGAGUUCUGGAGCGCGCUGCUGGAGAAGGCCUACGCCAAGCUGCACGGUUCCUACGAGGCCCUGAAGGGAGGGAACACCACCGAGGCCAUGGAGGACUUCACCGGCGGAGUCACCGAGUUCUACGAGAUGAAGGAGGCGCCCAAAGAGCUCUACAAGAUCAUGAAGAAAGCGCUGGAGAGAGGCUCCCUGAUGGGCUGCUCCAUCGACUCUCUGGUUCCCGCCCGCUUUGAGACCCGCACUGUGACGGGGCUGGUGAAGGGUCACGCGUACUCCGUGACGGCGGUGGAGGAGUGUAAACCGUCGCAGCACAAGGAGUCCAAGGUUCGCCUGGUGCGCCUCCGGAACCCGUGGGGUCAGGUGGAAUGGAACGGACCCUGGAGCGACAACUCCAAGGAGUGGACCCAGCUGUCCAAGGCUGAAAAGGAAAAGCUGCAGCAUCAGAGCGCUGAGGACGGAGAGUUCUGGAUGUCGUUCGAGGACUUCAAGAAGAACUACACGAAGAUCGAGAUCUGCAACCUCACUCCCGACGCCCUGGAGGACGACAAGAUCCACAAGUGGACGGUGUCCGUGAACGAGGGCCGCUGGGUGAGGGGCUGCUCGGCCGGCGGCUGCAGGAACUACCCAGACACCUUCUGGACCAACCCUCAGUACCGCCUGCGCUUGUGUGAGGAGGACGACGACCCCGAGGACAACGAGGUGGGCUGCACCUUCGUGGUGGCGCUGAUGCAGAAGAACCGGCGGAAGGAGCGCAAGAUGGGGGCCAACCUCUUCACCAUCGGCUUCGCCAUCUAUGAAGUGCCAAAGGAGAUGCACGGGAACAAGCAGCACAUGCAGAAGGACUUCUUCCUGUUCAACUCCUCCAAGGCGCGCUGCAAGUCCUACAUCAACCUGCGCGAGGUGACGCAGCGCUUCCGCCUGAGCCCCGGCGAGUACGUCAUCGUGCCCUCCACCUACGAGCCGCACCAGGAGGGGGAGUUCAUCCUGCGCGUCUUCUCCGAGAAGAAGAACACCUCAGAGGAGAUAGAGAACAGGAUUGAGGCCGACCACCCAGUGCCUGCUCCGGCCUCCGCGGGGGAAGAGAGCGAGGAGGAUCAGCAGUUUCGGACUAUUUUUCAGGAGAUAGCCGGCGACGACAUGGAAAUCUCAGCCAACGAGCUGAAAAAUGUUCUGAACAGAGUGAUCACCAAACCUGUGGCUGUCUCUGCAUCCUCUCCAGACAAGGACCUGAACACUGAGGGCUUCAGCCUGGAGAGCUGCAGGAGCAUGAUUGCUCUGAUGGACGUAUCCUUUAUGGACGGGACCGGUAGACUCAACCUUCAGGAGUUCAGGCACCUGUGGAAUAAGAUCAAACAGUGGCAGGGGAUCUUCAAACAUUACAACGCGGACCAGUCUGGAAGCAUCAACAGCUACGAGAUGAGGAACGCCGUUAACGAUGCAGUCAUGUGUCUUGUGUCCCGCUCAGGCUUCCGUCUCAACAACCAGCUGUAUGACAUCAUCACCAUGCGCUACGCAAACGACAACAUGAACAUCGACUUCGACAGCUUCAUCAGCUGCCUGGUUCGGCUCGAGGCCAUGUUCAGGGCUUUCCAGGCCUUCGAUCAGGAUGGAGAUGGUACAAUCAGACUCAGUGUCCUGGAGUGGCUCCAGCUGACCAUGUACGCCUAGAGAAGCCCCCAGCUGAGCUCCGCUCCACAGGAGGACCCGGACCCGCCAGCCGUUACCUCAACACUCUGUGUGCUCUCAUCCACCUCCAGCCUCCCUCCCUCAGUCCCCACAGUUCAACAGGCCUCCUCCACUUCAUCUUCCCCGCUCCUCCCGCUCCACGGUCGGACUCAGGCGCCGACCAUUUCAUCACAAAUUACACUCGUACCGUAUUCUUCUCAGGCAUCACACACACACAACCUCUUUUGCUGUCACGAUACCUCACAGAACCUCUGCUGGCAACUCAUUUCUGUAUUGGUCUACUGUCCAUCACUGCUCAUCGUCCGUUACGAAUCUGAGCAACGAGGGUCGUCUUUCCUGUACUCAGAUCAGUGCACAGUGAAAUAAACCCGUUAUUACAAACACCCAACGGUCGAUUCAGGAUUUCUCUGCCCCAUCCUGUCAUGAUUUACUGGCUGCCAGCCCCACUAGGAACCGUUCGUUGCGCAGACGGCGCCACUCGGUGGACAAACUCAGGCAUCCCUUUCACCCAGCACCAGUGGUUCAUCUCUGCAUGCGGGUGCAAGGGGUUCGACAACCGAACAGUGGCGCUGACAAGUUCUAGAUGCUGAUGUUCGAGGUUCUAAUAGGGUUUGAAAGAAUUGUUUGGACUGCAGCUUUUUUUGUGAUUCUCCUAUUAAGAUGAGUGUACUGCUUUUUUAGCCAUUUUAACCAAUCAUUUAUAAUAAAUGUGUAGUUGUUUUGGGUUGA